CCAGCACACAGGUCACCGCCUCCCAUUGGUCCGCAUCCUCUCCUUACCUGCAGAUAGACCCUCCCCCCCGCCUCCUGCCACUCACCUAUUGGCUAUUUCCGGACAUGCUCGGUGUGUUGAUUGGUGCUGUGGAUGACGCAGGCAGGCUGCUGACGCGCAGUGCGAGGGACGGAGCUGCUGGACCCGGAGGUGCUGGAGAGUCCGGGCUCUAGCGGGAGACCGAGCGGCAGGAAUGGGUCAGGAAGCUGGUAAAGCUGCCUGGCCUAAACCUUCUGGGGGAUAUCAGACGAUCACAGGGCGGAGAUAUGGAAGAAGACACGCAUAUAUUAGUUUCCGACCUUCUCUAGAGAGCCCUCACAGAACUUCAGCUCGGCAGAAAGCGAGGGAAAGCGAAGGCCUGGAGUUGGGCAGCGUGCAGAAGGAAAAUGAUUUAAUUUCCUGCGAAAGCCAUGAUUCAUCACUUUCCAGCACCGGUAGUGCUUUAUUCACCGAUUUACAAGACGAGAGCAAAACAAUGAAUACUAAUGAUAGUUUGUCUCUGUUUACGGACAUAGAGGAACAUGCUUUGCCCCCCUUUUCAAUGUCUGAACAUGCUAGGGGGUGUCAGAAUUUAAAUAACAGAGCCUGCAAGGAAAGCACUAAACUUUUCUUGCAUGCUCCAGUAGAGCACCCACACCACUCUCAGAAUGGGGUCUGUUUUGUUACUAUUGACUCUUUUGAGCCAGACAGUGAUGGAGAAGAAAAUGUUAGCCUUUAUGAAGAGGUUUCUUUAAAAACUGAAGCAGGUGGAAACCUGCAUUUCAUUAGCAAUACAAUAUGUGAACUCCAAAAAGAUUCUCCCAAUGAAAUGCUUUCAGAAUUUUCCAACUUAAAUCACACUUGUGUACAGGACAGUAUAUCUCAGGGGAGUGCUACAACAUUAUCCGAGCAUUCGACUCUAGACCUAUACACAGCAGCAGGGAGUUUAUCUGCUAGCUCCAUAUCAGAGGAUGAAGCAACGGGCGUUGGAAUUGUAGAUCUCUGUGAAUCGCAGCAAAACAAAAGUAAAAGUGACUUAAUAGAGAAAUGCAACCUAGAAAUUUGCAGUGACAACAAUACCGGAGGUGCUAAAACCGACCCAACAAAUGAGCCGGUUGUCCGACCUAAAAUAAGAAAAACUUAUCCCACAGUUUCUUCUGUAAAAGACACACUGAUAACCGAUGAGAAUGGAAAGGAAGCCAAAAGUUCUAGAAGAGAAAAGCGGGAAUCGGAUGCCAAUUUACAAAAGUCUAGCAAAGUCGAUAAAGUUAACAGUGCAAAGGAACCUGGCUCUGUGUGUGUUGAGGGAGCCCAAAAGAAAAAAAGGGGCACUAGCAAGGAUAUUUUAACUCCGCCAGACAGUAAACCUUUAGUGGAUGACACAUUUUGGGAUGAUUUUGAAGUCUAUGGCUUGAAGAUAAUGGAUUCAGCGAAAGAUGAAGAAAGCUCUGAGUGCAGUGAUGGAGAAUGGUCUACCUGUUUGCCCCCCUAUUUCUCUGGUGACAAAGAUCAUUCCUCUAGUGAUGAAAGCUGGGAGACUUUGCCUGGAAAAGAAGAGCAUGAGGUGCAGAGUAAUAGCAGCAGCUUAGAAGAGGAGAAUUCCGACUUUUGCUUUCAACUUGAAGAACAAACUUCUUUAGAAGAUGGUGAAAUUCCUUGGUUACAGUAUCAUGAAGACGUUGAGAGCAGCACAGAUGAAGAAAAUGAAAUUGGAAACCAUUAUUUGCCCCCAGGAUUUUUUAUUUUAGAUGGCAAUAAUAAUUUAGAAGAUGAUUCAAGUAUGAGUGAAGACCUAGAAGUUGAAUGGAGAUUGCUGGAUGACUUUGGUGAAGGUAUUGGUGUAGCACAAGCUAUGUCCUACAUGGAUCCUCAGUUUCUUACUUACAUGGCUCUUGAAGAGCGUCUUGCACAUGCAAUGGAGACUGCUUUGGCCCAUUUGGAAUCAUUGGCUGUAGAUGUGGAACAGGCUCACCCUCCAGCUACCAAAGAAAGCAUUGAGUGUCUCCCUCAGAUCAUUCUUACAGAUGGCCACAUAAUUGUAGGUCAAGAGCAAUGCUGUGCCAUAUGCUGUAGUGAGUAUAUCAAAGAUGACAUUUUAACAGAACUUCCUUGUCACCACCUCUUCCAUAAGCCUUGUGUUACACUGUGGCUACAAAAAUCUGGAACAUGUCCUGUGUGCCGUCAUGUCCUACCAUCUGUGCUUCCUGAAACUGCAGCAGCUACUUCCUUCCUGUCUGACCAUGACAGCCCUCCAUCAAUUCAUAAUGCAGCAGGGACAAGAUAAAAUCAAUUUACAUAGCAAUUCCAGUUGCUUGUUUUCUUUGUAACCUAUAUUCUAAGAAAACAAAAGC